CAGACCAGUCGCACAGUGUGUGUUCUGAAACAAGCAAGUGUUGGGUGUAUUUCUGUGGGAAAGUGGGAAGACGAAAGCCAUUUGUUGUUUCUUCAUGUUAUCCACCUCGUUGGAGCCGUGCAUGUACUGUAGCGGGCUCAGUCUACCGCUGUGUGUGUGCGUACCAUGUAUGGAGGUGCAAAGGGGGCGAUUUGGGACCGAAUUGGACGCACCCGGAGCGACUGCAUGUGUUACCUGGCUCCGCCGACUUCUUUUAUUCCCAAUGGCAUGCGGAAGUCACCGGAUGUUAGUCCGCGGCGGCUGUCUGAUAUCAGCCCCCAGCUUCGUCAGCUCAAGCACCUGGUCGUGGAGGAAGCGAUCAAGGAGGAGCUGAAGUCAUCCCGCUCGGUGGAGGACAUAAACAGUGCCUCUAUCGAGGAGAGAAUCUUGAGAAUAACAGGCUACUACGGAUACCAGCCGUGGAAUGCGCCUUUCAAAGGAGAGGCCCAGCUGAAGGCGAAUGCCACAGUGACGGCUGACGGACAUGCCUCUGGGGUCGGGGCCGUGGCAGAAUCCCGAGGAGGCGGGCAGACCCUGCGCUGCUGCCUGCGCGUGACGUCCUCUCACCUGCGCAAGGCCCUGUGGGGCGUCGCCGUGGUGACCUGCGUGUGCUCCACCUGGGCGGGCUCCACCCAGCUGGCCAAGGUCACCUUCAGGCAGUUCGACGCCCCCUUCACCCUCACCUGGUUCGCUACUUCCUGGAACAUCCUGGUCUUCCCCCUGUACUACAUGGCGCACCUGUGCAGGAGCUCUGAAAGACGCACUCCCUGGCAGAGCUUCAGGCAGUGCUGCAGGAUUUUUGGAGAUGGCGGCGUGGCGGUGAGGGCGGUGUUGGUGAAGACGGCUCCUUUCGGGCUGCUGUGGACGAUGACCCACUACCUGUACCUGCAGGCUCUGCGCAAGCUCAGCACCACGGAUGCCUCCGCCCUCUUCUGCUGCAACAAGGCCUUCGUCUUCCUGCUGUCCUGGAUCCUGCUCCGGGAGCGCUUCAUGGGCGUCAGGAUCGUGGCUGCCAUCUUGGCCAUCGCGGGCAUCGUGAUGAUGACGUAUGCAGACGGGUUCCACAGCCGCUCAGUAAUCGCCAUCUCAUUCGUGGUGGCGUCGGCGUCCACGUCAGCCAUGUACAAGGUUCUGUUUAAGAUGGUCCUGGGCAGUGCCAAAUUUGGUGAGGCUGCGCUGUUCCUCACUGUCCUCGGUGGUGCCAAUUUCAUCUUGGUCAGCCCGGUCCCGCUGGUGCUCUACUUCACGGGUGUGGAGCACUUCAGCUCCCCCAGUGACAUCCCCUGGGGCUGCCUCUGCGGUGUGGCCUGUCUCCUGCUGGCUUUCAACCUGCUGCUGAAUUUUGGCGUUGCAAUGACGUACCCGAUGUUAAUCUCCCUGGGCGUCGUGCUCAGCGUUCCUGUCAACGCCUUGGUGGACCUGCACUCUUGUGAGAUCCAGUUCAACACGGUGCGUCUCAUCGCCAUCUCGCUCAUCUGCCUGGGCUUCCUGCUGCUGCUGCUGCCAGAAGACUGGGACCAGGGCCUGCUCCACGUGGCCGCCAGGCUCCGCAAGCGAGAGCCGCCAGCAGAGGGCGCCACAGACACCCGUAGACCACCGAGCGCCGUGCACACUUUCGGACUCAGGCCCUGACCCCAGCCUGAUCCCGAAACGGCCUUCGCCACACCCACGUCCUCUGGCUGCCAUGUCUGAUUUCUGUCUCUGCUGAAUCUUCCUGUUACAGAAAUUGUUUAACUGUUGAACGGAUCAGUCAAUUAAAUAAGAAUGGAUACAUUUUU